UUACAAUUACCUCAAUUGGAGAAAAAGUUAUCUACCUUGUGAUUUUUCAUCUGUCAUUUGUUAUGUUUGCGUGGUCCUAUUGGAAGACUAUUUUUACAUCUCCUGCCUCCCCUUCCGAUGAGUUUUGCUUAUCAAAAACUGAUAAGGAGCAAUAUGAAAAAGAAGAAAGACCAGAAUCUCAGCAGGAAAUUCUAAGAAGAGCUGCUAAAGAACUGCCUGUUUAUACUACAACAACAUCAAGAGCUAUUAGAUACUGCGAUAGAUGCCAGCUAAUCAAACCUGAUCGAUGUCAUCAUUGCUCUGCAUGUGACCUAUGUGUACUGAAAAUGGAUCAUCAUUGUCCUUGGGUGAAUAACUGCGUGGGAUUUUCCAACUACAAGUUUUUUCUCCUUUUUUUAUUUUAUUCCCUCCUGUAUUGUCUGUUUGUUGCUGCUACGGUUCUUCAGUAUUUCAUAAAGUUUUGGACAAACGAAUUACCAGACACCCGUGCAAAAUUCCAUGUUCUUUUCCUUUUCUUUGUGGCUGCCAUGUUCUUCAUCAGCAUACUGUCAUUGUUUAGUUACCACUGCUGGCUGGUUGGUAAAAACAGAUCAACAAUUGAAGCUUUCCGGGCACCAAUGUUUCGAAAUGGGCCUGACAAAAAUGGCUUCUCUCUUGGAUGUCAAAAAAACCUAAAAGAGGUUUUUGGAGAUGAAAAGAAAUACUGGCUGCUCCCUAUUUUUACGAGCUUAGGAGAUGGUUGCAACUUUCCAACACGGCUGGUGAUUAUGGAUCCCGAGCAGCUCGCUGUCUCAAGCCAAAAUGAAACUGUUAAAAGCUCUUCUACUAGUCAGCCAUUUCCUACUAGGCCACUCAGUGAAUCUCAAAAUCGAUUGCUCGCAGGUGAUAACCAGUGGGUAGAGGUCAGUUCAGAAGAUGAAACUGUUAAAUCAGGUGUAAAAAAACAUAUUAUAGUUUCAUUGGAGAGCUGAUCUUAUCUCAGUAUCCAUUUCUUUCAGAGCAGGAGAAAUGAUUUCUACAAUACAUUUGUGCUUGGAUAUUAUUUUUUUAAGGAAGACACCAAUAAAUCAAUGGAACGGUUCCAGCAUGUUAACAAGACAUGGAAAAUGAGAUUGUUGAUGGUAUCCAGUGGAUGCUUAUAAGCAAUUCCGGUGCAGAAAGUCUGAUGCCUUAAGAUUCGUGAUGUGCAUUUUUGCAACAUGGACAUAAGCUAUUACAAGGGCCAAAUUCUCAAAUGCCCUGCAAGUGUCUGCAAGACUCAGAAGUGCAGAAACUAUGCAUUCCAGCUGCACUGUGGUAGUGACUGAUUCUGCAAACUUCAUGUGUGAAGCAAUGCCACUCUGGUAUCAUUACUUUCGUAACAGUUCUGUGGGAGAAAAGUGGGGUAGGAAAGGGUAGUCAUGUAGUUUAUUAUAGCAUUUCACCAUUAACAUUCCACAAUACGGUUAUAUGUGGCUCAAUCAUCAUCUAGUGGACUACUGGUAUUUGGUACUUUUGGUUUCCCUCCCCCCUCCCAAAUAACUAUCAUGAGUCAACCAGUAGUAAUGGUGGAGGUGUUGUGAAGCAGCCAGUUGAAAACUAUGACUUUCUAACUUUCUCUGCUAAUCAAAGUCCUUUUCUUUCAGACUUGAUUUGUUGCAAUACAGUGUUGUUACAAUACUGUACAGUAUUAGAGAAGCAAUGUUUCUUCUCAUCUCACUAGCAAUUUGAAGCACUGAUUGAGAAAAUUAUUUUCCUGAGCAAUUUUGGUCAUUAUUUUUAAGAAAUCUGGUAUUUUAAGUUCUUGGAAACCUGUAAAAGUUAUGUUCUCCCUUCCUGUUUUAGAAUAUUUAAUAAUUGCGGAUUUUAUUUGUAAGCCUUUUUGCCUGAUAUCCCUAACACACAUAUUCUUUCUGAAAUCUGCAGGUUAUUCAGCAAUGAACAGAAAUCUUUCCUUUCUUUUCCUUUCUGUUCUUGCUUUUUUUAAAUAGGAAAUAAGCUGGCAUGAAAGUGUUAUUGAAGGAUUGGAUUUCAUAACCUUCUGCACUAGAAACAUAGAGUGGACUAGGGAAGGAACUUGAGAAAGGAGACCUUGUUCACAGCUGCCUGCUUUCAUUGUUCAGGAUUCCCCAUCUUUUCUAUCUCUCUUUGAUCUUGGAUCUAAUCCUAUCCUUUAACAAUAAAUACUGAUGUAUACUUUCAGUACAACAGUAAAAGCUUACAUUAAUCUGUUAGAGCAGGGGUGUCAAACUCACAUUGUCACGACAGCAUCACAUGACAUAUCGGGACUUUUUUCCCCUUCGCUAAACAAAGUGUGGGUGUAGCCAGCGCAUGAUGCAUCUGGUCCACGGGCCAGGAGUUUGACAGCCCUGUGUUACGAGGGUAGGAAGACACUGGAUGCAUGACUCUGACAAGGACUGUAUGCAUGCAUUUCCUUUCCCACACAAUCACCAAUCCUCCCAGCAAUGUUCUGAUUAUUAUGACUCUUAAUAACAUUGGCAUAUUUAGAAAUCCAGCUCCUACAAUUCUGGGAGCUGGUGUUACAUAUUAAAGUUGUUAUGGUUGAGAAAUUUUGAAGAGAAUAAAAUUUCUCUCUCUCUCUCUCUGUGGUUGGAUAGGAGUUCCUGUCCUGUUAUAUACUUUUAAAUUUAUUGCCAUCGGUUGUAUCUCAACAGUUCUACAGUUCUUAUUUUAAUCCAUAAAACAAAAUUUGUACAAGUGAUAUAUUUUUUAAAAAAAACUGAUUUUGAGUAUUAUAAACAACAGGAUGUAGCAUAAAAUGCAUAAUAUAUCUAUUAAUCUGGCUUUUCCAAAUUAAGUUCUAAAAUGAGAAGAAAUAAAAGACACUAUGCAGUUCUUGUGACUCACUGCUGUGUCCUAUCUUUGCAGUACAAGUUAGGCUCAAAAUCUCAUUACCCUCUUGGUCAGAUAAUGUGAUUCAGUGCUAUGAAUUAGUGUUGUCUAGAUAUAGGGAGGAUAAAAUAGAAGGAAGUCAGGCUGUUAGAACGCAGUACAAAUUCCGAAAAUCCACAACUAGAAGUAACAGCAAAUACAUUUAAAUUAAAUUAUUUGGUACAUAGGAAAGAUCAGUUAUUGCAAGCUAUUUGUAAUAUGCGGGAAGGAUCUUGGGAGACGGGGAAGAGCCAUAGCCAGGGAAAAGUUGGAUAACAGCAACUUAGGCCAUGGAAGCAAUGUGGCUGUGGCUGUCUCAGAAGGGACCUUCUGUAGUUUCUUGGACCUUAAAGAUGACAAGGGAGAAAUGUGUUUUGCAAGACUGAUCCUUGUGAGGUUUACAUUUAGCUCAUCUGAGUGUGCUUCCUUUCUGGACCAUCUUGUAAGGCUGACAUCAGUCUUACAAGCUCUGAAAGUAUACGUCUCUUCUGUUGCCUUUUUGGUCCAGGAAACUAGGAAGGGUUCCUUCUGGGAUGUUUGCCAUACCCACCUUGCUUCCUUAGACUAAGCUGCCUCUUGUCCAACCAUUUCUCUGGCUGUGGCUCUUCCCAACUCCCAAAGUCAUUCCCACGUACCAUUACACCAAUAACUUGACUACAGCAAAAAUUGUCUUAAAAGAUAAAUAAAAAUUCAAAUGCAUCAGUAAAAAUGGAUAACAGGGUUCUCUGAGUAAAGUAUACAUACAAAUAAUAGCACUUUGCACUUAUUUGUUUGGCAUCUAUAGAUCUCUAGUAAUAAUUGGGGUAAAUUUAAAACUAUGUUGGCAAUAUUUAGUAUUUUAAAUUAUUUUUCAAUCAUUAAGCCAUUGAAAAAUUUCCAAGUGACUAGUGAAACCAUCUAUAUCAGGUGUCAAGCUCGCAUCGUCACGACGGCAUCAUGUGACGUAGCGGGACUUUUUUUCCCCUUCCCCUAAACCGGAUGUGGGUGUGAUACAUCCAGCCCACGAGCCGGAAGUUUGAUAGCCCUGAUCUAUAUAUUGGGUCAGAAAGAAAAGUGAUUAUAAUACUGAAUUACAGAUAGAAAAUCUUACUAAUUUCAAGAAAUUAUACCAAAGAGUAUGAUAUAUCAUGCUGAUUGUAUUGGAAGAUGUGUAGAUUUUAUUUAAGUGCUUUAUCAAAGCAUUUUGCUUAUGAACAUGUAAUGGUAUAAUUAGAAACAUUUAAUGUACAUUCAUUUUGGGGAAUUAUUGCUUGCAUAUUGUAAGCAUAGAUUCUUGAUUGCCUUAGGAAGUCCCUUCCCAGUUAUUGUUUAUGUUUAGUUCUACAAACUUAAGACUUGAUUUACUGGCUGCUAUUAUAAAUUAAUUUUAUGCUGCAGUUUUAAAUAAGACAAGUAUUUUCUAGUAAUUAUGGUUUCUUAUUCCAAGGAAUUGUGAUUAAUAGAAAAGGCUUAAAACAGAACUUGAUUAAAGAGAUCUCUGGCAUCCUGUGUUGGAGAAAUGUUCUACCAAUUGUUAUUUUUGUAAUUUUCUAUUAAUGUAGUGACAAGAUCCAAGUAAUUAAAUAUAUUAUUUACAAUACUGUAUACAAUUUCAUUUAGAUCAUAGCUACAAAAAUAUAUAUCUUAUACACCUAUAUUAUAAAAGCAGGUUUUCAGUUAGUCUUAAAAAUCCAAUGUGUAUUUUCCAGACUAUACUUGAAAAUUGAAAUAGAAUGAGACUCCAUGUUUACAAAAUAAAUUACUAAAUAUGUCUUUUGGAAGAUUGAACAGCAGUUAAAUGGCUCAUACUUCGAUAUUUUGAGAUAACAUUUUUGUUUCCUGGUACCAAAGAACUGAUAAACUAUCAAACAUCUAAUAUUCUAUUGCAAUCCUAGUAUCUCCCAGGAUUCUUAAAUUACACCAGGAAAGCUUCAGAAAGUGAUUUAAGGAGUGUGAUCUUUUACCUCAAUCCUAAAUAUAUUUACCUGGAAGCUACUUAUUUUGUGAACAUGACAACUGUAUGGCUCAAGACUGCACAUUAUACGGUAUUAUGGAAGUGCUAUUCACGACGUCUUGUUUUUCCCCAGUAUAAAUUAAUAGAAUGGCAAAGUUUGGCCAAAAUUGCUGCAACCUGUGUUAUAUACCAGUGGGUACAUCAGACAUAUUGCACUGUUAUUAUGACAAAGGUUUAUGCAGAUAUUUUACUUAAAUAUAGAUAUUUCUGUUGUAGUAGUAGGCUUGCAAGUAUUCAAAUCUAAAAUGGUAUGAGGAUACUUAGAGGAUACAUAAAGUGAAUAAUGCAUCUGUUCUUUAUGUUGCAGAUAGUAUUCCUAUGCACAGAAAAAGCAUAUUGCCACUAAUAAUUUAAUAAAGACUUUUUAAAUGGGCUUUUAUAAAUGAACUAUGUAAGAGAUCACUCUGCCUGAAAUUUUCCUAUUUUUAACUGCACCUUGUAAUAUCUUCAUGUAUAUUUUCCACCAGUGUAAUUAAUUUUCAAUCAUGUUUGACUUUUGUAUAUCAAAGUACAGAUCAUGUCUUAAUUAUAACUGUUUUUAAAAAGCAUAAUCUUUAAGCCCUUCUUUGCCAAAUUGAUGAUACAUUAAUGUGUUAUGACAUAAUGAAUGCAUAAGAAAAUAAAUAACUUGGGAACAGGCU